GCAAGCACUUCCGGGGUCAGAGGGUACGCGGGGUUGAAAGCGGGCUUCCCGCCCCGCCCAGACCGCCGAGGCUGCCGCCGGAGUCGCCACCGCCGCGCCCUCGCCCACCCGCCCGCCCGCCGCUCCCGGCCCCGCUCGCCCCCUCCGCCGCCGCCGCCCGCCCCUGCGACGACGCCGCGGCCUCCCGCCCGCGCCCGCUCGCUCCCGCGGCCCUCGCUCGCCUCGCGCCGGCAGUUUUGGGCCUACACCUCCCCUCCCCCCGCCAGCCACCAAAGACUUGACCACGUAACGAGCCCAACUCCCCCGAACGCCGCCCGCCGCUCGCCAUGGAUGCCGGUGUGACUGAAAGUGGACUAAAUGUGACUCUCACCAUUCGGCUGCUUAUGCACGGAAAGGAAGUAGGAAGCAUCAUUGGGAAGAAAGGGGAGUCGGUUAAGAGGAUCCGCGAGGAGAGUGGCGCGCGGAUCAACAUCUCGGAGGGGAAUUGUCCGGAGAGAAUCAUCACUCUGACCGGCCCCACCAAUGCCAUCUUUAAGGCCUUCGCUAUGAUCAUCGACAAGCUGGAAGAAGAUAUUAACAGCUCCAUGACCAACAGCACGGCGGCCAGCAGGCCCCCGGUCACCCUGAGGCUGGUGGUGCCGGCCACCCAGUGCGGCUCCCUGAUUGGGAAAGGCGGGUGUAAGAUCAAAGAGAUCCGCGAGAGUACGGGGGCCCAGGUCCAGGUGGCGGGGGAUAUGCUGCCCAACUCCACCGAGCGAGCCAUCACCAUUGCUGGCGUGCCGCAGUCUGUCACCGAGUGUGUCAAGCAGAUCUGCCUGGUCAUGCUGGAGACGCUCUCCCAGUCUCCGCAAGGGAGAGUCAUGACCAUUCCGUACCAGCCCAUGCCGGCCAGCUCUCCAGUCAUCUGUGCGGGCGGCCAAGAUCGGUGCAGCGACGCUGCGGGCUACCCCCAUGCCACCCAUGACCUGGAGGGACCACCUCUAGAUGCCUACUCGAUUCAAGGACAACACACCAUUUCUCCGCUCGAUCUGGCCAAGCUGAACCAGGUGGCAAGACAACAGUCUCACUUUGCCAUGAUGCACGGCGGGACCGGAUUCGCCGGAAUUGACUCCAGCUCUCCAGAGGUGAAAGGCUAUUGGGCAAGUUUGGAUGCAUCUACUCAAACGACCCAUGAACUCACCAUUCCAAAUAACUUAAUUGGCUGCAUAAUCGGGCGCCAAGGCGCCAACAUUAAUGAGAUCCGCCAGAUGUCCGGGGCCCAGAUCAAAAUUGCCAAUCCAGUGGAAGGCUCUUCUGGUAGGCAGGUUACUAUCACUGGUUCUGCUGCCAGUAUUAGUCUGGCCCAAUAUCUAAUCAAUGCCAGGCUUUCCUCUGAGAAGGGCAUGGGGUGCAGCUAGAACAGUGUAGGUUCACUUAUAACCCCUUUCUGCUGUUUUCCCAUGAUCCAACUGUGUAAUUUCUGGUCAGUGAUUCCAGGUUUUAAAUAAUUUGUAAGUGUUCAGUUUCUACACAACUUUAUCAUCCGCUAAGAAUUUAAAAAUCACAUUCUCUGUUCAGCUGUUAAUGCUGGGAUCCAUAUUUAGUUUUAUAAGCUUUUCCCUGUUUUUAGUUUUGUUUUGGGUUUUUGGCUCAUGAAUUUUAUUUCUGUUUGUCGAUAAGAAAUGUAAGAGUGGAAUGUUAAUAAAUUUCAGUUUAGUUCUGUAAUGUCAAGAAUUUAAAAAUUAAAAAAUGGAUUGGUUAAAAAAUGCUUCAUAUUUGAAAAAGCUGGGAACUACUAUCUUAA